UUUUUUUUCUUUCUGCUUUCUCUUCCAUUCUCUUUUCCAUUAUGCUUGGCUGCAGUCGCCUCGUCGUGGGCUCUGCCUCGCUCACCGUCGCUGCUGCUGCAUCUGCGACCUCAGCAUCAUCGGUCGUGUCCAGUGCCGGUGCUGCUGCGAUGGCGUUGAGUGGCGCUGCUGCAUUGGCUCAAAUGCGCGAUCGCUCCAUUUCCCCAUUGCUUGGCCGCGUGCGCCAUGCGUCGACCACGGGAACGGCGGGUCCGGCCGCCGCGACGCCUGCUGCGACUCCUGCGACUGCUGCGACUCCUGGCUCCGGCACAGAACGACGGCCCACUGCGACUGCGACUCCAACCACAAGCUCAAGUGGGUCGAACAAGGCUGCAAAAGACCCCAAGAAGAACAAGUACAGUAGCAAGCCACCGCGUGCCAGCCCUGCUGCUGCAGCACCUGGAUCGGCCACUGCUACUUCUGCUGCUAAACCUGCUGCUAGUGCUGCUCCUACUGCUGCUGCUGCUGCUGCUACUGUUGCUACUCCUACUGCGCUGGAGCUGCUUGCUCGUGCUACUCAGAAGCGUGCGCAACACGCACCGCGCGUCGCAGAUCCAACGCCCGUUGCAUCGACAGCUGCAACCGCUGCUCCUGCUCCUUCGACGACGGUCAAGCCCGCCACACAGCCUGCGACCGCACAACGCCAAGAUCAAAAUCCCAACGCCAACAAGACCCCGUCGCAGUCGUCCAGCAACAAGCCUGCUGCACCACCGUCCACUCCGUCGUCGUCGGACAACAUCACCAGCUUGCUCGACUCCAUUCUUGCAAACGGCCAACUUCCGCGGCGCCAGCAUCAGCAGUACCGUUCUUCUCAGUACCAGCAGCAACAGCAACAACAACAGCAGCAGCAGCAGCAGCAGCAGUCGGCGAGCACCCCUGAAGCAGCACACGAGUUCAACCGCAUUUACGCCCUCCUCGGCAUGAAGUCGCCGUCAGCCAGCACGGCCUCCAGCGCCGACCAAACAAUCGACUUGCUAACAUCGCCGCGAUCACAGCUCGCAAGUGCACGUGCCAAGUCGGCUGCCCGGCAUCUGCAGCAGGUCAACGCCCGCCUCGACCAAGCUGCGUUUGCCGAACGUUCCCGCGCCAACGCCCUCCUCUCUGUGGAUGAGCUGACCAUGGAGGAAGUGGCUGCCCUCUCUCCGCCCUCGCCCGGCGUUUCAGAGUCGCUUGCCCCAGGCACUAUGACUGACGCCCCCUUCCGCCAGCUGCAGUACGAGCUUGUGCCGAACCUGAGUCUGCCUCGCACGCUGCCGGCGACGCAAGAAGAGCAGCCUGCCUUCCCACCGUCGGUGAUGACCAUGUACAAGCAGCUCGUGAGCAACCAUCAAGCUGCGGCAUCACUCGCUGCCGGUGGUACCAGUCCCACUGCCACAUCGCUCUCCCCAGCAUUGCGAGAGGCGCUCCAACGUGAACAGGCUGUUGUUCCAUCCGAGUUUGAGUUUGUCCAAGCCGUGGCUCGUGCGCCUGUGACCUCGCCUUCUGCCCAAUCCUCUCCUCUGUUCUGGCCUUCAUCAAGGGCUGCAUCGGCUGAAGCGUCUUCCUCGCCCUCCAUCAAACAGCGCCUGCUCGAAGUCCUCGCGGAGAAUAACGCAUUGAGCGACGGGCUUUACAACACUGCAGCAGCUGCACUGGUGGAGUACUCUGGCCAGGUUGCUCAGUUUGGCCACGAGCACACGCCUGCCAUGCUUGAGCAGUUGGAUCGCGUUUGCGACUUUGCGACCACAUCAUCCGAGCUGGAGAUUGAUUCGGACGACUUGCAGCGUCAAACCGCCUUGAAUUUGGGUCUGAUUUCACCAACAUUGCGUGGGGCCUCGGCCUUCUUGUCGGAUGCUCCCUCUGAAGUGACCGAAGAAGACGCAGACACGUUCCAGCUGGCUCCUCUGACCAAGGACGCCCAGCAGCUUUACCAGCCGUUGCUGCUGGGCAAAAAGCUCAAACUGCCAGAGUUUGUGCUUGACGCGCAAGCCCUGGAGCCGGUCUUUGUCAACACGCAGCGCAAUGUCGAAUUGGCCUUCCAAGAACAGUUUCAGCCCUCGUCGGAACGCACAGACUUCCCCACGUCGACCAGCCCUCUUCCUUUGAGUUUGGAUGCACUUGCACGGCUGUAUCCUUCGCAUGUUGCUGCUCCCAAGAAGUCGUCGCCACCAACCAAUCUUGUCAGCGCCUUCCAACACUCUGCCGUCUCCGCCACUAUCGCCAACCCUACUCCGGACGUUGCCACCCCUGCUGGUCGUUUUGGCGCUGACUUGGAGCGCGCCACGCUCAUGCUGCAAGACACUGAGCAAGUGGUGCAGUACCAGAGCGUUCAGUUCGACGCGAAACCGACCGAUGAUGAAGACGUUGAUGCUGACGAGGUUGAUGCUGACGACUCUAGCCGUGGCCCACGUGCCAUUGCGCGAGACCUCAGCGCAAGCAUCGUUGAGUCGAUUUUCAGCCCCCACGGCCACCUGCUGAUGCAGCCCGUCGCGCAUGCCAAGCUGACCACCCACCAAGCAGACUUUGACACUGCCAAGGAACGCGAACAAGUGUGGAAGAACAAGAUGGUCGAGCAGCUAUUUGCCCAACCGACUUUUGACAGCAUUGUCAAUGCCAAGCACGACGAGGUCUUUGCCGAUAGCAAGCCUGGCAGCGAUCUUGCCACGCACGGUCGCUUCCGCGCCUUGUUGCAAGAGCCCUACACCAACCACCUCAACCUCGAGUCUCUUGCGCGCGGCUCGCUCACCACCAUUGCGCCCUGGAAUCAGCAGUUCCUCGUCAACGCUGCCUCGGCCUUGGAGCGAAACCCUCACCUGCCUGCCCACACCAAAUGGAACGCCCUCGCCGCGCUCAACAAUACCUUGCAUUCGCUUGUUGAAAAGAGUAAGGUGGAGGCCCGUCGUCGCGAGGAGACUGAGGCCCGUGCCGCGGCCAUUCAAGCCGAAGUCCUUCGUCGUCAGCACGCUAGCCUUGUGGUUGAUCCCACGUUCGAAAAGAUUCACAAGGAUGAAUAAGCUUGAUCUUCUUGUGAGUGUGUGUGCGUGUUUCCUAGUUCCGGGUGUACUUGUGCCUUGACUUGUAUUGUAAUGAAGUAC